AUGCUUGCUUUCUUCCAGCGUAUCCUUGAUUGGAUCAAAGGCUUGUUUUGGAAGGAAGAGAUGGAACUAACCAUUGUCGGUCUACAGUAUUCUGGGAAGACUACGUUUUUGGGCGAAUAUCAUGAUGAUAUGAUCCCCACUGUUGGAUUUAAUAUGCGCAAAGUUGUAAAGGGUAACGUUUGGGAUAUUGGAGGACAACCGCGUUUCAGGACGGAUCCUGAUAAAUUAGAAGCAGCUAGAAAUGAAUUGCACAACCUGCUAGAUAGGUCUCAAUUAAUGGGGAUUCCUGUCCUUGUUCUGGGUAACAAGCGUGAUCUUCCCGGUGCUUUAGCCGAAAAUGAGUUAAUUUCCGUUCUAAAUCUGGGUGCAAUUACUGACAGGGAAAUUUGUUGCUACUCUAUAUCGUGCAAGGAGCGCGAAAAUAUUGAUAUCACCUUACAAUGGCUUAUUAAACAUUCUAAAUCUGGAUAG